ACUACUCACCACCAAACCAUUCCGAACCGGCGCGGAGCGGAACGGAUCGUCAGCGGCGCCGCUGCUGUCUAUUUUGUUAUUGUUCGCGCGUGUGUACGUCUCGCGCGACGUCUCUUGCGCGCUUCCUCGAUCAAGCGCAAAAAAACCGCAGAAUAAACGCCGCCGCAAUUCGCCGCGAUUUAUCAAUCGAAAACGCUUCACUUUGACUUGCAGCGUUCGGGGUGCAUCGGUGGCGCGUCGACGGAACGGGGUGGGAAAGCGCCACACCGUCGCAACAAACAAGUGCAGCGCUUCGAGUAAGGUGCACCGAACGGACCAUUUUGCCGAUCGGUGACUCAAGUCCCACACAAGGAACCACCGCACAAGUGGGAACAGAGGAAAGAACGCGCGCCGACGAAAAAAAACAUCUACGAGGUUACAUUCAAGUCGGGAUUGUGCGAGAAGGAACGGCAGUGCGCGCGUUGCAGUGCAGUGCCCUUUGUGGCCUUUUAUGGCCUUACUGUGAUUACAUUCUGUCGGGGAGAAAAGUCUAGUUUUAUGGAGCUUUCUAUGCGUGGAACGUGGAACUAAAACUGGAAGCGCAGACCGGAAGUAGACAAGAAACAUAUAAACAAAGUGCAAGUGCAGAAACGGAAGUAAUUGACAAAAAAUCUACCGAAAAAAAUUGACAAAUUAACCGAAAAAAAGCGACGUGGAACUUUUCGGGGGAUUAUCUACUAACGCCGGGGAAUAAAAGGGAUAAUUACGAUGAGCGCACGUUUCCAACUCUACAGAGAACCGGAAUAAACGUUUUUAAUGCAUUGGAUUAAGGAUGGCACGCCGUAGAAAACAAAAACACAAAUUUUAAUAUCGGCUAGGAUCAAUUAUAUCAUGGAUCACAGCGUCAAGGCGAUGACGUCGCCGCGUAUUAUCGCGCGCGUGCUCAACCCGCAUCGGUUUGAGAACGAUGAAUUGGAGUUGCUGUACCAGAGGUAUAUCUGCAAGCUGCAGCAUUCGUCAGUCGCUGCAGUUGUUGCCCUCUUCGUCAUUCUCACCGCCAUCUUGGCAAACCUUGGUUUGGUCUAUUCACAAGCAGCCACAGCCCAGGUUGUUUAUCAUGCUGCCCAUUGUAUACUCUUCGGAAUCCUGCUGGCGUUCCUACACACACGUCUCAUGCAGGAUGCGUAUCUGUUGUGGGUAUGCUACGCGGUGCUCUUCUUUCUCGCCACCUUCUGCGCCCUGGCACUACCGUUGUAUGGAGGUGGUGCGGUGGCACACGUUGCUGCCGAGGGUGUGUGGCAGGUGGUGUUUGUCGUCUUCCUAGCGUAUGCGAUGAUGCCGUUGAAGGCGUGGGUCGCCGCCCUCUUCGGCCUUCUGCUCAGCUCGGCCCACAUCGUCGUCUCGGUGCUCUUCGCCAAGGAUUUUCCACACCUGCUUUGGCAACAGUUAAUUGCGAAUGUCAUCGUCUUCAUGUGUGUGAACGUAGUGGGCAUCUUCAUGCACAAUAUGAUGGAGCACGCUCAACGUAAAGCCUUCCUGGACACGAGAAAUUGUAUCGCUGCUCGACUGGAAAUGGAGGAUGAAAAUGAAAAACUUGAACGACUUUUAUUGUCAGUCCUGCCGCAACACGUUGCAAUGGAGAUGAAGAACGAUAUCAUCUCACCUGUCGAAGGACAAUUCCACAAGAUUUACAUCCAGAAGCACGAAAAUGUUAGUAUACUUUUCGCUGACAUCGUUGGAUUCACCGUUCUUGCAUCUCAGUGCACAGCCCAGGAGUUAGUUCGGUUGUUGAAUGAACUUUUUGGAAGGUUUGAUCAAUUAGCCAAUGAUAAUCAUUGCCUACGUAUAAAAAUCCUUGGGGAUUGUUAUUAUUGCGUAUCUGGUCUACCAGAACCACGGUCAGACCAUGCCCAUUGUACUGUCGAAAUGGGUUUGGAUAUGAUUGACGCCAUUGCCAGUGUGGUGGAAGCCACUGACGUGCAACUCAACAUGCGGGUUGGGAUUCAUUCAGGGCGAGUGUUGUGCGGUGUCCUUGGUCUUAGGAAAUGGCAGUACGACGUGUGGUCGAAUGAUGUCACUCUAGCUAAUAAUAUGGAAGCAGGUGGAGAACCAGGGCGUGUACAUAUAACACAAGCCACUUUGGACUAUCUGGGUGGAGAAUAUGAAGUGGAAGCGGGACUUGGUUCCAGCAGGAAUCAAUACUUGCGGGAUCAUUGCGUGACUACGUACUUCAUCGUGCCACCAGCGCGCCGACGCAAGCCACUGUUGUUCAACACGCUGCAGGUCCGAUCGGCGCUCGGCGCUGCCCAGCGACGCAAGCUGAGCUUCAAGAACGUCUCCAAUGUGGUGGUCCAACUCCUACAUUCGAUCAAGUAUUCCAUGGAGGUGCCCUUCAGCAACAUGGCGCUGCAGCCGCAGGACAUGAAGAACGCCCAGGCACGCAAGGUGCUAGAUCUGCAGCGCGCGCUGCACGCUGAUCAUCCGCCGACAAGCGAAACGCCCGAGCCGGCCGAUUCCAAAGUAUGCGUCGUCAACAAUGCGGCCGGCGGGCCAGUUGUUGUCGUCGACACGGUAGCGGAAGUCGUUGACGGGUCGAAAAGACCGCCCACUGUUUCUACCACCCCGAUUCGCAUCGAGGACGUCACGCCGAAAGCAAGAACCGCACCGAAAAACAAAGUCACCGAGAAAUUCAAGCGGCCCUUCAAGAAGCGUCAUUCCAGUGUCUACCAUCAGCCAUCGAACCGUGUCAACAAGUAUCUAGCUCAGGCGAUAGAAGCGCGUAGCGUCGAUCGCGAAAAGUCUACACACGUCAAUUUGAUCACGUUGUGCUUCAAGGACAGUUCCAAAGAAAAUCAGUAUCACGACGACAUAGACGUCGGUUACAGUUCCUCCCUGGCGUGCGCGCUCGCAUUGUUGGUCCUUUUGGGAGCGCUGCAAGCGGUUGUUUUACCUCGGACCAUUAUUUUACUUCUUCUUUUCCUCACGGCUUUCGUGUGGAUAUCAGUGGUCUUGAUGCUUCUACUUGCAGUGCGCCUGCGUUGGAUACUCUGGGACAUUUCACAAAGUUUUGUCCUGAGACUUGCAAUAACUGUAUUUACGAUAGUUUUGAUUUAUACAGUCGCUCAAGUGAAUGUGUUUACGUGUCGAUCUGAUGUUCCUUGCUUAUCACCGGAAUCAACAACAAACGUCACUUUAGAUGGUGGUACUCUAGAACGCGACCAUCGCGCGUGUCCUCUUCCUCAAUAUAUAAUCCUAUCAUGCGCGUUAGGAUAUCUAGCAGUUGCUCUUUUCCUGCGAUUGCCUAUUCUUUUAAAAUCAUCACUCCUUGUGGUCAUGUCUACAGUCUACAUACUUCUGAUAGAACUAUCGCAUAUUGACUUAUUUAUGUGUUACGACCUUCGUGUAAAGUCUGUAAUACCCGCUCAUGUUUUGAGUGUGGUUGAAGUCCUCAUGUUCGUCCUUGCAGUUCUUUUGCAUGGGCGCCAGGUGGAAUGGACCGCUCGAUUGGACUUCCUUUGGCAGAUUCAAGCGAAUGAAGAAAAACGCGAAAUGGACGCACUGCAACACUCCAACAAGCGAAUACUCUUCAAUCUGCUACCAGCUCAUGUGGCCACCCAUUUUCUGGACAAUCAGUUCAGGAACAACAUGAAUACUCUAUCGCAGGAACUCUACCAUCAGAGUUACUCGCGCGUUGGUGUGGUGUUUGCUUCAAUCACCAACUAUCACGAGUUUUACACUGAGUUGGACGGUAAUAAUCAGGGUGUCGAGUGUUUGCGUCUACUCAACGAAAUCAUCGCUGAUUUCGAUGACUUAUUAAGUGAGGAGAGAUUUAAGUCAAUUGACAAGAUCAAAACGGUGGGAUCUACGUACAUGGCCGCCGUGGGGCUCAUGCCCGACCUUCGAAUCCUUGAUGACGAUGAAAGCACGGCGGGAUUACAUUUGAGCACUCUCGUUGAGUUUGUCUUCGCCAUGCGGGAUCGUUUACUCAAUAUUAACGAGAAUAGUUACAAUAAUUUUAUGCUGCGAGUUGGUAUAAACAUUGGUCCAGUUGUGGCUGGUGUAAUUGGUGCCAGGAAACCUCAAUAUGAUAUUUGGGGUAAUACUGUGAACGUUGCCAGUCGGAUGGACUCCACCGGCCUGCCCAAUCAUACACAGGUGACCGAGGAGGUUUACCAGGUGCUGAAAGCCUACCCGUAUGAGUUUCAAUGUCGUGGAAAAGUCAAAGUGAAGGGCAAAGGUGAUAUGACAACAUACUUCCUUAUCGACCGUAAACAACCAGGGACGAUGCGCGUUGAAGAACUCAACAACUUCCGUAACACGGCCGCGGGCGGCAAUAAUGGCGCUAUUGCUAUGAACAAUAUGUACGGUGGUGUGGCCACGCCGCUGGCACUUCUUCAUGGGGAUACACCCAGUGGACGUAAACACGCCGCCCCUUUGCAGAGUCGCAGCAGUUCGCGGGACGAUACGUUCGGAUUGCGGAAUGCAAUGCGCCUGCCACCGCUGCGUGAGACGAGCUGCCACCGCGGGGAGAUGAACAUCGGGUGCGAAAACGAACCCCUCUUGCCUCCACCUCCACCACCCAGCCACUCCAAACCUCGCCCUCCAAAACCCGCAGUCAGCGCGGUUGAAAACAUAUCAGCACCACCACCUCUGCCCCCGCACAAAGUUUUAUUGUACCCUGUCGGAUCGGCUGCCCAAACGGGUGUCGCCAAAGAUAUGAAGUACACCCCACCGUGGCCUCGUCCCCAAGUGGUACCCUCGCUGCAUGGUAACUACAGUAACCAUUCGGCUGCGCACGGAAAUAAUCCGUACGCCAGCCUUUCUUCAUCUUCCAUCGGUGAAAGAGAAACCAAACCGUACUUGAAGCCACUGCCAAAGCCACCAGGAAAGGAGUCCCCUAAUCGCCAUAGGCGAAAUCCCUCAGGUGGAAGUGGUAUACAAAUGACAUCGCAAGUUAUGCAACCUGUGCCCACAAGUAGUAAGUUGGGCGCAGUGGAUUUGAGCAGGUUCCAAGGGACUCCUCGUCCUAACAUAAGUCACUCUCCCUUAAGACAUUCGCCCUUACAUAGGCACUAUUCAGACGAAAGUCUUGGUGGCAUGGGCGGUGGUUACACGCCAACUGCACCGGCACGAAUUCAUAGUUCUGCGGACGAAAUUAGUUCGCUGAAUCAUUCGCCAAGCAUAAGCAGCAGCGACGAAAGUUAUAGUAGGACGACUGAUGCGGACGCCUCUCCAUGCGUAUCCCCUCCUCUGCCUGUUACUGACGCUCAACAAUUCAUUUUCCCGUCAGACAUCCAAGUGAAUCCUUGUUCUAGUCCAGAGACAUCACCUCGCGCCUCCAUGGACUAUAUCCCACCCAAUUGCUCCUUGCGUCAAAACUCAACUGACAGAAAGAGGAAUAAUCUUCCCCCCGGUGCUAUUUUGGCAUUGGCAAAUACUUGUAACACAAUGGAUUCCUCUGUCAUAACAAGCCCGCCAAUGUUAGACGGGGAAGACAGUUACCGUGGAGAGUCGUGUGCAAGUUUCGAAUUUCUGACGAAACCGAAAAAGCCGGUAUCGUUAUCGCGUGGUUUACAAAAUGGAGCAGUAAAGAAACACAAUCGCAGUUUAGAGAAGAGACAUCGCAAUGAUUCGGACAUUGAGUGCAAUAAAAUCUCCGCGACGGCGUGUAAACGCUCACCAAGCUUUAAAGAAGCUGAAGAGAUCAAAGAACUUCUCAUUAAUGACUAUGCCAGCAGCGAAAGAUCAAAUUCGAAACGGGAUGGAUCCUGUCAAACCGAUAAUAAGCGAAGGAACAAACUGCCCUCCCCUAAUACAAAAGUUAAUAAUACGGACGAAUAUGUCGGGCCUUUCGAAAGAGAGAUCCAGAAACUCCUCGACGAACAGAACCUAAUGGCGAACAUCCCACCCAAACUGGAGGUGACGCAGUGCAGCAAGGACAUCGCGCUGGAGCCUCUCGUCAGGUAUAACAAUAACCAUCAGGUGGGACUCGCCGCCAUUCAGGCGCUCGCGCUCGGACUGCGCGUCAAUCCUACAGGCAGCGUCACGCUGCAAUGCAUGCCCGGCGGACAGCAGCAGGUAGUAAGCAGCAAGGAGGGCUCGUUGAAGCGCGGCGCCGCUUCGCCACAAGCGCCCACGCAGAGCAAACUGCCCAAGGUUGCGGUUGCGCCUCGCGACAGACAUCCAAACGAUAAGACUGAAGGGGAGCAUGACUGCUUCUCCGGCCAUGAAUGCCACGAGGACUGCGAGCAUGAACAUGAGUGUGAGGAUUGCGUCGAUUGCGUAAUGGUUGACAUGCCGGGUGCAAGAAAUCAUGACGACGACACUGAUCUUGAAAGUUUUGAACACGCCGAGCGAUUGGCGCAAGAGGAACAAGACAAGCAUAUCGAUAAGGAAUUAGAAGAAGAAGUAAAGCGUCUCCUCGAGGAGAAAGUUCAAGAAAAGUUGCGAAGUUUAGAAGAGGAAUCCGAGAAACGUAAUGCAAGUGGACGUUCCGAACACAGUCAUAGUGGAGGUGGCGCAGGCAGCCAGUCGGAAUGGAGCGAGGACGAAGAGGGUGGCGCAUCCGAACCUCUGCUCAACGAUCGCGAGUCUACUGGUUACACCACGGACGAUCCUGCACUCGAAAAUAUUUCCAUGUUGAAUGAAACAGGCCUUACUGACGCGGAAGGUGCUCUGAGUGAUGUGAACUCAGCGUAUAACGAUCACAACCAUGAUCCUGAUAUGGACGACAACACGAGUAUGUCCUCUCGUGCAUCGUCGCGCAUCUUUGACUCGGACGCCAUGAUGUCGCUCGACUCCUUAUCAGCGCUGUAUGACUCCGAGUAUGAUAAUUGUUAUCGCACCGAUGAUGAUCUAAACGCCAUGCCUGACCUAGACAGACUGAACUACUUCUCGGGCCCGGUGAAUGAGGUGCACUUGGCCAACAUCCGUUCAAUGAGCGAGAGUAUCACGAGGAACUUUGGGCAACCGCGCAGCGAAACCGAUCCGGAUAGUGAUGUUUGAACCGAUGAUGAAGAAACAAAUGACAUACGAUCUACAGCAACUAGGACGUUGCGUUGAUUUCUAUUUAUCGGUAUUUCUCGGUGUUUUGUGAUACAUUUACAUAUUAUCUGAUGAGUGGUGGGCUGAGAAGGCAAAAGAAAUGAAUAGAAUGAACGGUUUAGCAGUGCCAACCGAUGACGUAAUGAUUUUAUUUAACUGUUGACGAACGUACACAUCUAGAACAGCCGCCAUUUUGUAGUAGCAUUAAAAACUAAAUUAAACCGUAGAAAGUGCAAUAGAUGGGUGAGGAUGCUUUGUGUAAAAACAUUUGUAUGGUAGAUUUUUUUACGAUUCAUCAAAAUCGAUUUCACGAAAUUAUUGAAUAAAUAAUAGGUAAUAAUGGCAAAGAUGAUGAUGAUACUGAACACAUUGGAAAGCGAAAACUCGAGUCAAGAUCGGAAUUACAUAAAAUCGGUUUCAGUGCCUGUUUGCGCCUGUUUUACUUACUCGAAUACUUAUAUCGUUGUACUUACUUAGAUUGUUUUUAUUUUUAUGUUACCAUGAUGACGUCAAACUCUCAUCAACGUUGCAAUAAUCAAAGGACUCUCCACCCUUUUGACAUACAUACUCCGAUUGUCUAUUGUUUGUCUCAAGAAAAUAAGUAAAAUUUGUAUAAAAAGCAAACCUACAUUUCUGUGAUCACUUUACUAAGUGUAUAGCACACUCAUGCUAAUUAAAUAAUACUAAUAACUAAUGGUAAUUAAGAUUUUCAUUAUUUUUGCAACAAUGAAAUGCGAUAUAUCAAUACUUGUACAUACCGUGCACACGUGUCUCAUGUUUACGAUCCGAUCUUGAUGUUACUACACAGGUACACGCCAAGACUCUCAUCUCUCUCAUUCGCGUAAAUUCUCAUUGAAAUGUUAACAAUUAUUACUUAUCAUAUACUGCUAUAAUUAUGAUACCAAUCACUAAACAAGACGAUUACCAUAUGCGCCGUCCUCAGGUGGGAGAGGCGCGCACUACUCAAUCAUACAGGAUUUAUAUGUGUUUAUAUAGUAUUUAUUAUAUACUUCAUCGAACAUUGUUGUGUUGUCGAAGACAGCGAUGGUGGUCCGCAACAAGAUGGCCGCUAUUGCUAGGCAUUGGAAGCAUAGUUAGAUUAUUAUUUAUGAUAUUCCACGAGGAGCAUGUGAAGAGGAUGCGUUUGUCCAUAUUGUUCAAUCUAUUUUUUAUUAUUUGUCUAUGCAGAUACAGAUGGUUUAUUUUUAUUCGAUUCUUUCGUCUCUGAUUUGUAUAUUUAUCCAUUGUAAUGUUGAAAUGUUUUUAAUAAUUUAUUAAAUGCUUACCAUGUCCUAUAA